AUGUCAUCCCGAGGAUCUUUGGCGGAUCGCGCCACCGUCGAGAGAAUUGUAAGUUUUAGGUGUUCGCCAGCUUAUCUGAGGUCGUAUUUUAGCGAGAACGUGGAAGUGACAUCACAGAGAAGGACAUUCGAUCUGCACAGACCUUUGACUUGUCCAAAAUGGACAACCCCGAGGAGACGGAACUUUUGGCCGAAUUUGAUCGAAGGAGGAAAGCAAGAAACUUGAUGGUUCCCACCGACGAUGAACGUGUCAAGUACUUGCUGAGGAAAAUCAGUGAACCUAUUUGUAAGUUGUUUUGCAGUUUGUUUUUCCACUUUUAGACAUCAACUCUCAUGGAUAAUAUAAAAUGUGGUUUCCAGGUUUGUUCGGUGAAGACGUGUUGGAUCGACGUGAGCGUUUAAGGAAUUUCUUAUCUAGACUGACUGAUGAACAAGUUUUCGCGGUGCUGCAGGACGACGAGACCGAGAAACAGGAGACCACGGAAGAUGGUGAGACCUGGUACCAUCAUGGCCCGCCAGAACUGAGAGAGGCCCGAGUAAGGAUUGCCGACUUCAGUUUGGAGAGAGCGAAGCACAGGCUUGCCAAGGCUCGGGUCAGAGCGACAAGAACACCGCAGGAAAAGGCGCUGGCUCGACAAGAAGUUCAUAAGACAGUUCAGAGUAUUUCACUAUUUGGAUCUCAAGUUACUGGUGAGUUUUUGGUUUUAUUUUGUAGUAAAUACUCCUAUCUUUGUUUUUCAUACGGGUAUAUAUGAUGCCAUUUUAUUUAUUGACACUUUUUGGCAGUUUUUUGACCAAUAGACCAUGUGUAAUAUAAAUUUUUGAUGAUUUGAUAUCUUUACACCGUGUGAAUCGCUUCAAAUGCUCUAAUAAUUAAUCUCCAUGCUUUCAGGGACAAACCGAACGUCAUAUGUCGACUUUGCGGCCGAUUCGAAUCAUGCGAUCACAUCAAAUUGGGGUGGUCAAGUACAAAUUUGGUCCAUCCCGAAUUGCCUCAACGAACAAACAUUCCAAGGGCAUCCCGACAAGGCCAGUUGCGCUCGAUUUCGUCCGGGCGCUUAUCAGAACAUCCAACCGAGUGAAGUGAACGCAGCGAGUUCGGAUUUCAGCGGAAAUGUGAUGCUUUGGAAUUUGAAUGAGGGAAAAGCGAUGGCUCAAUUGGAAAAUCAUGGAAACAGAGUGACCAGAGUGGCCUUCCAUCCAAGUGGAGAGUUUUUGGGGACAACUUGGUAAGAGUUUUGAGGUUUAAAUGGGAAAUUUUGGGGUGCUGAGUGGAUGUCUAGUAUAAGGUCAGAUUAUGCAAUUACGGAUGUUAUAGAGUGAAAGAAGUUUUGAAGAAGUAGUUUGAUGAUUUUUAUGGGGUUUUUAGGUAUAUUGGAGGUUUUUUGAAAGAAGUUUUGAAAAAAUUAUGACUAAAGUUAUAUUACUUUAGGUGAUUUUUUGAUAGAAAUUGAUGUUUUAUGGAUGUUUUGAGGUGCGAAAACCUCUGAAUAGAUGUCAUGAAGAAUUUGAGAGCUAUUUUUAUUCGUUUUGUAGGGUAAUUUGUUAGAAUUUUAAAAAAUUUUUAGACGAUUUUUUGAUAAAAAUUCGUAUUUUAUGGAUGUGUUGAUGUGCGAAAAGCUCAAAAUAGAUGUCAUAAAAAAUUUGAGAGGUAUUUUUCUUUGUUUUGUGCGAUAAUUUGCUGGAAUUUUCAAAAUUUUUGAGUCUUUUGCCUAGUGUAAUAUAAAUUUUUCGGUUUUUCAGCCAUGACAAGUCUUGGAGAUUGUACGAUCUGCAAACCCAAAAGGAGCUCCUCUUCCAGGAAGGGCACAGCGACGCCGUCUACGACCUCGCCUUCCAUCCGGAUGGAUCGUUGGCCCUCUCCGGAUCCUGCGAUUCCUACGGCCGCGUUUGGGACCUCCGCACCGGCCGAUGCAUCAUGUUCCUCGAGGGACAUCUCAAAGACAUCUACGCCGUUCAAUGGCACCCCAACGGCUUUGUGAUGGUGACUGGCGCCGGCGAUAAUCAGUGCCGAACCUGGGACAUUCGAAUGAGACGACAGCUCUACAAUAUCCCCGCCCAUCUCUCGAAUGUCACCGGGAUUUCCAUGGAUUCGGAAGGCGAGCUGAUGAUCACAUCCAGCUACGACCGAACUCUCAAGCUUUGGACCACCAGUGGAUGGCAACCCCUCCGCGUUUUGGAGGGUCAUCAUGAACCAGUCACCUCGGUUCAGAUGUCUCCCAACAACAAAUGGAUCGCGUCGGGGUGUGCCGACAAAACUUUCAAGCUAUGGACCACGGAAUCCAUUGAUUUUGAAUAA